UUCUUAAAUAGUAUAAAAUGUUAUGGCUUUCCAAAUCAUGAAUUGCACUUAAAGGUUGGGACUCCUGUCAUGUUGUUGAGAAACAUUGAUCAUUCAAUUGGACUGUGUAAUGGAACACGCUUGGUGAUAACGAAACUUUUCACUCACAUGUUUGAAUGUAAGAUUCUAACAGGAUCAAAUGGUGGACAUAAG